AUGGACCCCCAUCCCUCCAGCUUCUCCCGAGACGCUCCGGUCCGAGAAUACAUCGACACCACUCUUACAGCCUUGCUCCACCAAUUGUCCCUCCCCACGGCUGACAGCCACCCGGCCAUCUCGCUGAAACGCAGACCCAGCCCAGCAGCAUGCACCAUCAACCCGAGCAAUCGAGCGCUCGAGGGGAUCCCCAGCGUCCAGGUUUGGACAAGGCACUCCAGUCGGAAGAUAUGUAACUUGGUCACUGAUACGCCAUGCUUAGCGGUCGUCAUUCGAGUGCUUUCCAUCAUCGAGCAAGCUAUGCGCACGGGCAAGGUGAUCUCCAAAAGGGACAUAUACUAUAUCGACCCGGAAUAUUUCUGCUCUCAGACAAUAGUCGACGGGGUGAUUGACGACCUGGCGUAUACGAUUGGCGUGGAUAGGGCUGCAUUGCACGUUGAAGCUGCAGCAAAGGGGUUGACGGUGGGCUGCUUUCGUCUGAGGAAGCAUGCAUCGAGUGAAGUCGUGGAUGCUCAUUCGGUCUCAACGGUUGGGGGAAUCCUGAUCCCUCGAAUGGAGGAUGUGGACGACAUUGAUAUCUCAGGUGUUCGAUGGGUAUUGGUGGUGGAGAAAGACGCAGUCUUCCAACGACUCGCGCGAAGCUCCUAUCACUUGCAUGCGGCAUCGGGAGAGGGUAUUUUGGUGACUGGCAAAGGCUACCCCGACCUAUGCACACGGAAGUUCCUUCGUCGACUCUCUGACACCGCCGCACCCGAUCUUCCGUUUUAUGCGCUGGUCGACGGAGAUCCAGACGGCGUGGCAAUCAUGUCGACAUACAAAUACGGCUCCGCGGCAUACGCACACAACAAUUUCCGACUGACUAUCUCGAGACUGCAAUGGCUCGGUCUACGAGUGACGGAUGCAAUCGCCGGAGUAGACUCGGUGGAAGACGGUGUUCUGCUCUCAUUGACAGCUCGAGAUCGCAAGAAGAUCGUCGCCAUGCUGCGGAACAGUCCCGUGCUGGCACGUAAUGGGCCUGAGUUGGGGUGGCGGGCAGAAUUGCAGUGCAUGCUGAUGUUGAACAUCAAGGCGGAGAUUGAGAUCUUGUAUGAGCAGGAGAAGGGUCUGGAGGGGUGGAUUGACCAGGGGAUGAGUCGACAG